AGAGGAGAGUGGCAAGCAUAUGAAAAGAAAAAGGGAAAUUAGAAAUAAAAUAAGGAAGAGAGAAAAGGAAAAAACUCCAAAUUGGAUACAGAAAGGAAGCAGAGUGGUUAUGUUUUGAACUACAAGAAAAUGUCUGGGGAAAGACAUUCCGUGGAAAACAAUUUGUUCCUGGAUGUACUGGAUGAGGCACCUCUUUUCGGUAAUAGGAGGCCUACAAGCCUUAUUGGGAGUGUUUUCUACUGUAUCUUAUUGGCAAGUUUUGCUGUUUUGGCUGUCGGAACUACAUGGAUAUUUCACCCUAUUAGAGGACUAGUUUUCGAGCUUCUUUGCAGUUGUAAUGUUGCCCUCUUAGUUAUGACCGGCAUUUUUCAGCAAUAUCUGGUAUACCAAGUGCAGAAAAUACGGUUGCAGGGUUACUGUGUUUUCAGCCAGAAGUUGAAGCAUAUUAUUCGCUUACCGUUUGCAACAAUUGCAUAUGGAACUGCUGCAAUGCUGCUGGUCAUGGUUUGGGAUCCAGAUAUUAGCAUCCUCUCCAUAUCCACACUGCUCAGGAUAAUCAUGCUGGCUGAAGUAGUCUGUGCUGCUUCUUUCAUGACUCUCUAUAUUGGUUAUGUUCAUCAGUACAAUUCAUUUCAUUCCCAGCCCGAUGUUUUGAAGUCACUUUAUUCGCCACUUCAACCAUCAAAUUCUGUGGAAGGACCGAGGUAUCAAGAUGGUGGUCAACUAUCUGAUCAGGUCAUGGCGUUAUUGCAAUAUCAGCAAGAAAAUAUACACUUUCUGAGUGAGGAGAUUCUUGGAUUACAGGAAUCCUUGAGCAAAUAUGAAAGGUCUAAUGAUGGGACGGCACCUCAGGUUGAUCUGGCCCACUUACUGGCAGCUCGAGAACAAGAAUUGCGCACACUUUCAGCUGAGAUCAAUCAACUGCAAUCUGAGCUUAGGCUUGCUCGAUCUCUAAUAGAAGAGAAGGAUGCUGAGAUGCAACGCAUCCGCAGUACAAACAAUCAGUAUGUAGAGGAAAAUGAGAGGCUUAGAGCAAUUAUGGGCGAAUGGAGCAACCGAGCAGCUAAGCUUGAACGUGUGUUGGAGCUCGAAAGGAUGUCAAACUUGGAAUUGCAGAAAAAAGUAACCACACUGAAAAGCCAAACGCAUGAAUAAGUUCAACCAACGUAACCGCUAGGCUAGCAACUUGCGACUUAUCAAUAGACUAGCCAAUUCUUUGUUCUUUUAGGUCUUAUGAAGAGAAUGAUAGUUUCGACAAAGAUACUCACUUGUCACCUGGGAAGGAUGUGCUCUAAUCUCUAUGCACAUAGACUACAAGCCAUUCUAGGUUUCUCAUGAGUAGCUUGCUGGAUGCAACAUUUUGAGCCUCCCAUCUAAUGUGUGGUCUCUGCACAUUUUCGUUUUGUUUCCUCCAGUGAAUGUCUUUAUUAGUCUAUUUCUUGACAGUUUUUGUUUACCCGUACGAAGAACUAGUACCAUUUGUUUCUUACCAAUUGUUACUAAUUGAAGGUUAUAUUUGCAAAGAGUGCCACAGACGUGGUGACACCCACCUAAA